AUGAAGUUUUUAAUCACAUCAAUAGCAACUUUGCUAAUUGGUGCCGUAUCUAUUACAAUCGGCAUUCUUCUAUUAACGUUCUUCCCUCUAAGGAUCGACAAUGAGGUUGCCAAACGUAUAUAUCUUGGCUAUAAUGAAAAUGGAACAUAUAACGAUAUGACGUUGAAGUGGAUCGAUCCAGAGUAUUCAAUGAUGCUACAGAUUUGGAUAUUUUCCUUGGAAAACGAAGAAGAUGUCAUCAAAAAUGGAGCCUUUCCAAAUUUCACACAAAAAGGACCAUACAGUUUCACUGAAGUGCAGCAUAAAGAGCAUAUAAAUUUUCUGAUGAAUGCGACGCGUGUCACAUAUCGAAAUAAACGUUUUUACACAUUCGAUGCGAACAGCUCUUGUGCCAGCUGUUCACUAGGAGAUCAAGUCACUUUCCCGAAUGUCGUCUUCCAG